CUCACCCCUCUCCCACUUUUGGGUCCGGCAGUUGCCAGCUGGGAGUGGGAGUGGGAGCGGGAGGAGAGCCUCGCCGCCGGGUCGCCGCUAUGAGUUGAAAACCACUGGCCACCACCACCUCCUCCUCCUCCUCUCUUCUUGACACCUCAGAUCUCAUUACAAUGGUCAGCGCCUCCAGUCUGCUGCUGCUGCCGUCCUCCGUGCGGGACCUCGCCUCCUGCGUCGUCGCCGACGUCGCCGCCUGCACCACCCCCUCCUCCACCCUCACCUCCCCCGCCUCCCCCUCCACGCUCUCCGUCACCGUUUUCUACCGCGCCACCGCACUCCUGCCCGGGCAGAGCUCCCCCGCGCAUCUGCGGCUCACCUGGACCCGCUCCCCGCUUGGCCCCACGCUCUCCUUCUCCCCCUCCGCCUCCAGCCCCGCCGUGGUCCUCCGCAGGCGCAGGGGCACGCAGUCCGUCUCCGUCGACGGCGCCGCACAGCCACAGCUCGUCGUGUUCUGGGACCUCACCGCCGCGCGCUACGACGCCUCCCUGGAGCCGCACUCCGGCUACUACUUCGUCGCCGUCGCCGGCGCCGACGUCGUGCUGGCCGUGGGCGACCUGGCGGCCGAGUUUGUCGAGGAGAGGUUCGAGGGCCGGAUCCCCAAGGCGGCGGCUUUGACCGUCCCGUUCGCGCGCAGGGAGCGCGUCGUUGCGCCGGACCCGGCGGCGAUGCACACCGCGCGGCGCGUCCGGUUCGCCGAGGGCGGCCCCGAUCACGAGGUAAGCGUAGGGUGCUCCGGUGGCGGCGUCGGCGGCGCGGCAGAAGAAGAGUUGUGGGUGAGCGUCGACGGGAAGCGCGCGGUGCAGGCGCGGCGGCCGCGGCUGAACUUCAGGGGGAACCAGACCGUGUUCGUGGACGGCGCGCCGGUGGACGUCAUGUGGGACCUGCACGGCUGGUGGUUCCGGGAGCCUCCGUACGGCAGCGCCGUGGUCAUGCUCCGGGCGCGCAGCGCGCUGGAGAGCCGGCUGUGGCUAGAGGAGGAGGAGGUCGCCACCGCCGUGCCGGGGUUCUCGCUCGUCCUCCAGGCCUUCAAGUCCCGCGCUGACGGGCUAUCAUCUGCCCCUGCCCAUUGAUCAUACAUGUAGCUACUCCAUUCAAAUUAGAAGACGGCGAACCUUGUGGAAUUAAGCAAACUGCCUGUUUCACUGAAGUCCAAGGGAUCAGUAAGUUUACAAGCAAGCAACAUGAUCAUGAACAUAACAGGUGAUAUACAUUGAUGUGAGUGUGUAGUGUAGACAAAUUUCAUCUCCCUUGCUAGUUGAUUUUAAUCUUCUCCGAAUCAUAACUUGUGAUGUGUGCAAGUACAGUUAACAAAGAACAGCAACAUAAAAGUGUGCAAUAGUUUGGAUCCUUCUGUGUUGAAUGGUGAAAUCAUACUUUAGAUCCUUCUGUGUUGAAA